ACGAGCCCAACCAUGCAAAAUUUGACAGUUAUUGUGAAAAAUAAUGAACACAUUAAUUAUGAUUGUUAUUCUUAUUUUCUACAGGAGCUCGUCCAGCAUGUUCCUCCAAACGUGUUUGGGAACUUUGCUCGUAUUUCUCAAAACAGUCGAGGCUGCACCUAAACCCACUCCCACUGGGCAAGUCUCUCCUACCAGUUCUUCUCCAGACUCUCAAGUUGAGUUGUUUUUAGAGAAGGAACUGCAAAAGAUUAACAAAUACCGUCUGAUGCACGCCGCUACCCCUCUGCAGCUGUCACUUGACCUGACCAAUAAAGCAGAGUUAUGGGCCACGCAGCUGGCCAAUGAAGACAAAGAAAAAAUUGACGUCAACUCCAAAUAUGGCCAAAACAUUUUUUCGACCAAGGAAACCAAUGAUGCUGUUACUAAAAGUGUACAGUCGUGGUAUAAUGCAAUUAGAUUUUACGAUUUUCACAGCGCGAAGGGAUCGCUCAAGUCCGCUUAUUUUACGCAGUUGGUAUGGGCUGGGUCAAAGGAAAUUGGAGUUGGAAAGGCGAAAAGUGCAAGCGGGAAAACCUACAUCGUGGCCUUGUUUGAUCCCCCUGGUAAUAAUGGAAACUAUCUGCGCAAUGUGCUUCCCGUUACAGGUAGGGAAAGCUGUGGCACUAAAAUGAAAAUAAGUUUAAAUCUAAUAGCGAUGUUUAAUAUAGCAAAAUAAGCUAAAAAGAGUCUUGAGCCUUUUAAACCUUGCAAUGCUUAGUUCUUGUCGCUGUCUUAUUGGUGGAGUAAUGUCCUGGAAAUGAUAUGUUGUCCUACAGAAGUAAUAUACAAUAUACCAUGGCAAUCUACCAUGACUUUCGCCUGGCUACGUAACAUGUGUUAAACACAAGAUUUCGAACAUUCCUGUUCUGCAGCGUUAGAAUUAAUUAAGGAGACGAAAUCGCAAAACUUUUGGAUUCGAUUUGCAAAAGUCGAAUCAUUUCAUGCAUUCUCUCUGUGUUUCUCACUUGUGGCCAUCUUUUAUAGCCCUUAUUCUACAUUUUACUUAUUAUAGCAAAGGAAUUUAACCCAGAGCGUUCAUUAAUUAUUAGGAAGCAGAAGCUUAGGUAAGGACUCUAGAUGGUAAAAAUGCUUCAGCCAUAACUGUGCUUCACUCGCCCAUUUUUUUUGUACAUAACAUAACAUAACAUAAAAACUUUAUUAACGUGUCUUUAUGUCUAGCCGAUGGGAAAAAAAAAACCUGUCCUAACCAAAAGGCGGCGAGGAGACCUUCAAAAAACCUCCAGGCUUAUAGCGGAGGCCACCUAAGUUGUUAAUGUUAAGUAAAUAGUAAAUUUUGCUUGCGCGAAACUCCGAGAAUCACGCCACAGCUGAAAAAGAAUUUUCACAGCGAGAAAGCACACUUUUGUCUAAACAGAGUUUUGUGUCUAACAAAUGUAUGAAAAGCGACUGUUAAGUUGUGCGGCUCUUUCCGAGGACAAGGGCGCUUCCUCACUUUUCCUAAACUACGACGUGAGGGUAAGCAGCGUUUUCCUUCUGACUCAAAGUCGGCAAAAUUUCACCAUUUACGUCCUUAAACAAGGACGGAGAUAUUUUGCUGAAAAUUUUGUGUACAACUAUUGUCAGAAGUAAAGUUGCUGUAGGUAAUUCCCCCAGGUAAACAGAUAAGUGUGUUAGAUGUGGCAAGUUUUGACACCCAAUAGCAUAUGAUUCUUGUGUUACACCAGAAUAAAAAUUACUCAGACGAACUGACAGAAUAGAGGUCAGUAGCAUCGGAUAGCCAUAACUAUGAAGGUCAUCUGUGCAAUACUUCUAACUGAACGGGUACUAAAUCAAUCGCCAAGGCUUUGCGGUACCUUGGAUAUACGGUGCUUGACUGGAAGGGUAAGCUUGCAACUUUGAUGAUCAGUGGUUCGAUGCU